AUGGAUGGUGCGAAUGUAGAAAUGUGCGAAGAAAUGGGUCGGCAAAAUAUGUUCGUUUUUGGUCUGACUGUGGAACAAGUUGAUGCUUUGAACAAAAAGGGGUAUCGUCCAAAUGAGUUUAUUGAUAAGGAACCAGAACUGAAGCAAUGCUUAGAGCAAAUUCGUGAUGAUUAUGCUGAUUAUAUGCGUGCCCAACAGGAAGUUGAAGAGGCUUACAAAGAUGAACAAAGAUGGUCAAGAAUGAUGCUGAUGAAUAUUGCUUCAUCUGGAAAGUUUUCAUCUGAUCGUACCAUACGCGAGUAUGCACGUGAUAUAUGGGGUGUCGAGCCAUCAACCAUCAAGCUACCACCUCCAUUUGAAUCAGCUCCAGAAAAGAAAUAGGAUUAGGAAGGUGUCGAUUUUCAGUUUCUGAAUGUCCCUCCUUUUUUUACCUUUUUACUUUAAUCAGUUAAGACCACAAAGUUUGAGAUCACACUUCAAACGGAAUACAUACAAAACAAUAUUACCCUUGCUUUACCCAUUAGUCCCUUUAAUUUCUCAUAUUUCAUUGUCAUUAAUCCUUAAGCAGUAAAUUACUCGUUAACAUCCUUCAAGAUACCUUAUGUCUCUUUCAUGGACGUUCUGCAUUGAUAUUGAGUAUCGAAAUCCGAUCCGAAAGAACGAACACAAUCUCACUACGACCAUCAUCUAUUAAUGCUAAUUGAAGUAUUUUAUUGCUCUUUCUCAAGCCUCUUCUACUCACCCCUAAUUCUCACUAUUCAUCAGUAUUUCUUUAGAAUAAUAUAAUGCAGUUUAUCUUUUAUUAGCAGCUUUUUUCGAUGGAAUUUUAACUAAACAAAGCAUAACUAUAUGACUUAUUUAGACCAAACAGAAGAUGAUCAAGAGAGGCUGUACGUGCGUUUAUGCAUUCACAUACAUGACGUCAUUAUUACCGAUUUAUUAACUUUGUGUAUUGUCAUUAAUGAUAUUUACUCUUUAGUCAGUCAAUAAAAA